GCAAGGGUUUUAUUUUGGCCAACCAAGUAAUCUUUCUUUUGAAACACCAAGAAACUCUUGGCACAGUCACUGAAGGAUUUUCAUCCUCUAGUAAUUUGAUAAUUUAGGACCAAAACUCCGAAUAACACCCCCCAACCUCCGCGGUACAAAUUUCGGAUCAAACUACUGAGAGAUACUGCCUCUGUAAACUUUUAUAAGAUGUUUUAGGUCACUACUUUUAUAAAAGUUUACAGAGGGAGUAGAAAAUACAGUUUGGAAAAUGUCUAUUGUUAGUUGGCCAUCGCCAUACAUGAGUGAAGAAGGGUAGGCCAGGACAUGUGCCCAGUGGAGCCAGCCAUGCUCUCUGCAUUAUUGCAUCUGCAUGCAUGGGCCAUUUGCAUGCACUUGGCCCUCUUAAAAGUCACAAAACCCCAUUGCAGAAGCACAAUCCUGUGAGCUCCCUACGGCUUGCUGGCCUGGAAGGGUGAUAACAACAACACGACAGGUCAGUGUCCAUGGCGUGUAGCCCUGUUACAUACAUACAGAUUAUGAGCAGCUAAUUGGCUAUUAAUUUCUGCGGUUCAGCCUCAGCGACGCCUGCCUGCAUGUUCCAGAACAGUGGAUCUGUUAGGAGGCAGACCCGGCCUGGUCCAUGGAACUGUCCACCCUUGUGCACCUCUGCAUCAACUAAUUACUUACCCUGCUCCAAGGUUUACUACUCCAAUCUGAGGGGGUACACACGUACUGCUCCAUGCAGUAGUUUCUUAAAGGCCAGCCCUUAGGGGUAGUGGUACGUAGUACCACUACUUUAAAAGCUGCCGCAGAUCAAAGUGUGUGGGAUAUGCUCUGCAAGGUUAAUUAAAUAAACCGCAGCGACACUGCUGUCCUGCACACAGUGAAGACACAGGCAACAUAGAUCUGCAGGAUCAUCCUAUCCCACAGUGGUAAUUGCACCGGCCUUUCUCCCUGACUGACUAGUAUGCAUGGCUGCAUGGACGCAGUCACAGACACAUAUUAAUGCUGACAUGACUAGCUGGGGGUGGGGGGCCUCCGCUAAGCAGAUUCAGAUUAAGCAAUAAUAUGCGUAGAAGUAGCACCGAUCAGUAGAUUAUGGGAGAUGGUUAAAUUGAUUAGCAACACCUAGCUAUGAGAAAUUUGGAAACAUUUUCAGUUGACUAAUCGUUUCCUACUCAAGAUGCAGAUCUAAUCGAUGGUUCGCUAUGUGUCGCAUUCCAUACAACUCUUUUCUGUCGCCACCUUCACCAUGGUAUUGUGUAGUGUAGUGUAUCCUAUGAUAAUCCCGGUUUCUUCACAGUUUCUGUUUCUACAUAAAGCAUACUGCUUCAAGAUUUUGCUACCUUGAAUCCUUGAUCAUGGCACUGUUACUGGCACAGGUCAGCAUUCUAUGAGUAGAGGUACCUAUCCUGGAUUCCUGCGUACCAGGUGGACCAAAAGCUAAGGGAUCAUACAAUAAUACUAGUAGUGUUUGGUUGAGGCCGUAAGGACCAGGCAACGAUCAAGAACUUUUUGGACCAACAAUGUUUGAUUGGGUGUUGUUAAAGAACAUGUUGCUUCCCCAAUCAUCUUAUGUUGCAUGUACCAGAAUCAUUGGAGAAAACUGGAAGCCAAAUGUGCCAAAUGUGAUUUCCCUAACCUAAAUUCCUGAAAGAUUGCUGCUCUGGAUGCACCACCAAAUUGCAAGACAGACUCAAUAAAUGGGUCACAGGUUUCCUGCCUUUUUCGUAGGAGCCUUGAUAUCAUGCCAGAAGAUGUGGAGGCGUUGAAUGGGCAGCUGAAGGAAAGAAAGGGAGAAAAGGGAAGACGCCAUCGUGGUAGAGUACCGGGGAGAAUGAGAAUCUGUAGCACGGCACUAGCAGGCUACCACCAAGGAACAAGGCCAAGGUCUCAUCCGUGAAAGAUUAAGGUUACUUUGCAGGGAGAUGAGGCCCAUCCCAAGACAUGACAGAUGGAUGGAUGGAUGGAGAGCUAGCUAGGCGCACUGCGUGGACUACUAUUUACUACUCCUACUUCCUACUAAAACAAUUAGAGGACGUUUCUCUCUUGUCUGCACCUAAUUAUCUAUCCUGUGACCUUGUUGCACCAUUUGAUUACAACAGCCUGCAGAUUAAACCACGCCACAGGCCACACCACCGGCUCCCGAUAAUCUAAUGCUUGCCGCAUGUGAAGAUUAUAUCGACCAUUACAUUUAUUUCUGCUCUGGGCAAAUUGGAUGGACGGCGCAUACCUACAUUAGAUUAAAUCGCAACAAGGUAGCACCUACCAAUACCAAUUAAAUGGUCUCUUCAGCUGCUAGCGAGCUACUGAUCAUGCAUGUGUCUUGUAGCCUUGUACAAGAGCAAGGCUCCACGUGGAUGGCCAGGUAAACAAAAGAGGUUUAGCAGCACACCACCCCAAGUGAUUGAUUAGCGAGAAGCAUUAGUACUACUAUAUAUCUGCAGAAAUUGCACUCCACCAUCCAUGGCAAUGGCAUCUUCCUUCCUUUCUCCUCUCCUGAUAAAUACAUCAUGAACAACCAGUCUCUCUGCUCACCAGGCAACCUAGCUACUCUCGUUACUCUUUUGAUUGCUCCUGUCCUGUACUGAUAUGCUGCUAGCUUUUGUUAAUUAUAUGCCAAUAUGUGCUAUGCAACCCUCCUCUGAGCAAAAGCCCACAUACACACACCACCUUCCUCACUCUCUCUAAUUGAGUAGAGCUGCUGUAGCCCUGCCCACACCCAGUAGGCGGUGGAGCACCAUAGCCACAGCCUGUGCCUCUUGUGCAUCGUCCUGUUCGAUCUCUUCUCCUUGAGAUCAAACUAAAACCAGCCAUGGUGAAGAAGCUUGGCCUAACAUCCCUCAUCUUCAGCAGCAAGCAGGUGGACAGUGCUGCCAGUACCAGUGGCGCUGCACCUUCCUCCGUGGCCUCGUCCUCCUCCAUGUCUGCCACCUCGUGGCAAUGGCCGUCCUGCAAGCAGCCAAGGACCCUCUCCUUCAGGCAGCAGCAGCACCACCAGACGGCGUACAAGACCAUGAACUCGGCCUACUUGCCAGACUCCGGCGCGGACUCGUGCUUCUCCAACUCCUUCGCCUCGGUCGACGACAGCCUCUCCACGGCGUCCGAGGCCGCCUCCGGGCUCGUUGAGGCCAACGAGCGAGAGACGGUCAUCCGCGCCCUGCGCUCCGGCCGCCUCUUCUUCGAGCCCCACGCAACGCCGGCCACCUCCUCCUCCAUCCUCGACGAGGCCAAGCUGAAGGUGAAGGACAGCGACACUACCACCGUUACCACCUGCUGCGGCAGCGGGAAGGUCGACAAGACGGCGCCAUUCGAGGGAGCGACGGCGCUGACCAUGGACUCGUCGAACCCGUACCGCGACUUCCGGGCGUCCAUGGAGGAGAUGGUAAUGAGCCAUGGCGUCAAGGACUGGUGCUGGUUGGAGAAGAUGCUGGGGUGGUACCUCAGGGCCAACGGCAAGAGCACCCACGGCCUCAUCGUCGGCGCCUUCGUCGACCUGCUCGUCGCGCUCAGCGACACCGCCUCGCCGUCCUCCCCGACCACCGCCAGCACCAACCGCUCGUCCUCCUUCAGCGGCACCGACGAGAUCAAGGAGGAAGAAGGAUGAACCGAGCUCAACUGGUACAUAUGAUUAUGAUUAGUUGUCCCUUGCUGCCAUGAUUCGCGUCAAGUGCUGUUAAUUCCCAGCCGGAUGCAGUGCAGCUUGAUCAAGCGUGAGGUUAGCAGUAUUGAUUCCAUUUAUUUAUCUUUUGCAAGAA